GUUUUGUUCAACGUUGAACGGUGCGAAGUAUUUUAGUUUGCGAUAUCAUGCGAUGAAAAUGGCAACAAUGAGGAUUCUAAGUUAUUUGAUGGUGCUAGUUCUACUUGCGCAAGCAAGUUCUGCCCUGUAUUUUCACAUCUUGGAGACAUCACACCCGAAAUGCUUCAUCGAGGAAAUUCCGGAUGAGACUUUGGUUGUUGGCAAGUAUAAAACCCAGGCAUGGGACGACGCCAGCAACACGUUUCUUCCGUCCAGCCCUGGAAUCGGAAUGCAUGUAGUGGUCACGGACCCAUCGCAGAAAACUCUCAUGUCCAAGUUUUAUUCAUCUGAAGGAAAAUUCUCCUUCACAUCUCAUUCACCUGGCGAGCACACGAUUUGUCUGCAGACGAACUCAACGAAGUGGACGAGUGGAAAGAAACUGCGAGUACACUUGGAUAUUGAGGUUGGAGAGCAGGCUGUCGAUUAUGCACAAGUAGCUGCCAGGGAAAAGCUCACCGAGUUGCAGCUGCGUGUACGCCAGCUGCUUGAUCAGGUAGAGCAGAUCAGCAAGGAACAAAACUACCAAAGGUUCCGUGAGGAGCAGUUCCGCAGCACUAGCGAAAGCACUAACUCCCGUGUCCUGUGGUGGUCUCUUGCCCAAACAGCCAUUCUCCUUGUCCUCGGCUACUGGCAAAUGCGUCAUUUGCGAGGAUUCUUCGAGGCUAAGAAGCUUGUCUAGGUACACAAGGAAUAACUAUUCUGCUGCGUACUCUGUGAACUUUCACCGAUUAUUAUUUCACGGCUUGUUCACCUUCUUGAUCUGUACCCUGCUGGGUGGUUCUGUAAAAAAAAAGGGUUUCGUAACAGUUGUUGUUGGGGAGGAUGCAUGCCAAUGGCUGCAACUGUACAUAAUGAAUUUGUUGCUCUUCAUCUCAUAGAUAUCAUUGUUACACUGCUGCCACUUCUUUCAGUGGGCUCAAUGCUGUUUGCCUAUUCGUGGUUUUCGGGCACUUUGCUAUCUCGCCCACGCUAUGCAUGUACGUUUUUUUUAGAAGAGGAUUAUCAUGCACCCUCUCA